AUGCUUCCCAAUGUUCCACCAAAACCAUUGAAAGAGCAGGUGUUGGACCACGAUAAGCUGGAAUACCCGCUGGUGCCUGCCAAUGUGACCCAGAAACUUAAGUUCCCGUCAGAACUUCCUCAGUACUUUAAUGAGCUGAGCACGGCUAAACUCCAAGAACUGGCCAGAUCCCCCGAAUUGCUCCAGAGCUAUCUAUACAAGACAUCCAACUUUGACCAACUAGGCACAGAGAUUGUGGACUCGCUGGAAAAACAGAUAGAAUACGCCACCAAGCUGCUAAAAAAUGUGAACGAGGAUAUUGUGCCACAGACAGACCAGAUCAACAAGCAAUUGGAGGAAUUCCACAGAAAACUUAAGAGAUUCGACCAGUUGCAGGUGCACAUGUACGAUCUACUAAACAAGUACUCGAGAGAAUCCAUAAUUCGGGCCGUGGAGCGCAGCGUUAACGAGAAGGACAGAGAUACUCGAGCGUCAAGAGUACUAUCUUAA